UGCCUCUUCUUUGAAUAUUUUCAUCGCUCACUUUCCCUUCUCGCGCCCCUUUUCACGCCAGGCUCCAGAGGGUCACUACGCAGGCUAAGUUACCGUACACAUUGGUGCUUUGCGGCCCGGCCUUAUUCAAGAUGGCGAACACUUUCGACUGGCCCUGGCAAUAUAAUUUUCCUCCUUUUUUCACGCUUCAACCAAAUCUAGAUACUCGAAGAAAGCAGAUCGCAGGAUGGUGUGAUCUUGUGUUGGCCUUUUACAAACAUCAUAAAAGUUACAUUCUCGAUGUCACAGAAGCACAAACGAGCGAACUAUUCUUCAACAAGAAAAUCGAUCGUAAACUAUCUCUGGAAACCAUAAAUCUUAUCUUGGAAGAGCUUCAAUCAAAAG